AUGAACAAAAUCGAUGGCUGGGGAUCUUUGGAGGCCGAGGGAAAAAUAUUCAUAACGAUAAAGCCUCAACACGACGCUACCUUCUCACGCAUGAACAAAAUCGAUGGCUGGGGAUCUUUGGAGGCCGAGGGAAAAAUAUUCAUAAUGAUGAAGCCUCAACACGACGCUUCCCCCUCAAUAGCCCAUAAAAUCAAUGACUGGGGAUCUUUGGAGGCCGAGGGAAAAAUAUUCAUAAUGACGAAGCCUCAACACGACGCUACCUUCUCACGCAUGAACAAAAUCGAUGGCUGGGGAUCUUUCGAGGCCGAGGGAAAAAUAUUAAUAAUGAUGAAGCCUCAACACGACGCUACCUUCUCAAUCGCAUGA